AUGGAUCCCAGAAAGGCGCCCGGGCAGAGAAUCAAUACAGCGGAGAUGAGAGGAUCAACGCUCUUGGAGCCGCCUCCCUUUGACCCGGCCAAGUCGGCCAUAGAGAACCACCUCGAGGUGACCGAGGUCGAGGAUCUCGGACGUAACGUCUUCACCAACACGCGCCCGCAGUGGCACCCGGCCGGCGGCCGCGGCGUCUACGGCGGCGCCGUCCUCGCCCUGUGCCUCUCGGCCGCCUACCGCACCGUGCCCGAGGGCUUCUUCGUCAACUCGUGCCACUGCUACUUCCUUGACGCCGCCUCGGCCGAGAUCCCGCUGCUGCUGCACGUGGAGAACCUGCGCGACGGGCGCUCCUUCGCCACGCGCACCGUGCAGGCCCGCCAGCGCGGCUCCUGCGUCUUCACCACCACCGUCUCCUUCGCGCGCCGCGGGUCCGGCGUCAGGGGCGGCCCGGGCAACGUCAUCGAGCACGCGGCCGUCAUGCCCACGCCCGAGCAGCUCGGCGGCGCCGCCAGCCCGCCCGAGGAGUGGGAGGACGAGCCGGCCCUCCUGCGCUCGUUCCCCGUCCAGACGUCGCCCCUGCACCUGCUCAACGGGGCCGACGCCGACCCGCACAAGCGCAGGGUCUGCCACUGGAUCCGCUCGCGCGACCGGAUCUCCGACGAGGGCGGCCACGUGGCGCACAUCGCCGCGCUGGGCAACCUGAGCGACAGCUACUUCAUCGAGACCGUCACGCGCGUGCACGGCCUCUGGCGCAUGAUGUUUGCGCCGCAGGACCUGCCGACCCUGCCCGAGGACCUGCGCGAGUACGUCUGGGCGAUGCACCUGCAGGAGUCGGACCCCGAGAAGAAGAAGGAGGAGACGGAGGGCGACGACGUCAAGAAGGCCAUGGACAGGGACCUGGACCCUGCCAAGUGGAUCGGCCGGCCCGAGGUGGGCAUGAUGGUCAGCCUGGACCACUCGAUCUACUUCCACAACCCGCUCAAGGUCAAGGCGGACGAGUGGAUGCUCUAUGAGAUGGACAGCCCCUGGACCGGCGACGGACGGGGUCUGGUCACGGGGCGUAUCUGGGCCAAGGACGGGACGCUGCUGGCGACCUGUGUGCAGGAGGGUACUGUUAGGUUGAAGGCUAAGCCGGCUGGCAUGAAUGAGGCUGCCAAGCUGUAG